AUGACUGCACCGCGUACAACGCCUAGAAAUAGUGGUCCCUUUUUCUUUUUGCAGCAUUUUGCCAGUCCCUCUGUUAAGAAAGAUAGGCUCGCUAUUGGAGAGACUGCCAAGUUUUCUAUGCGAAGAAAUCUGGAGUCCAUAUAUUCUCAUCUGGAAAAUGCCCUUGUGCCAUCUGAGCCAUUUUCAACUUCAAGUUUAUCGGAGAGUCUUCAAGGACCUGAAUUUUCUUUCUUGCUUCCCUCCACUAUAGAUGAUUCCCUUCUUUCUCAGUAUUCAUCCGAUGUCCUUUUCCCUUCUAAACUCUCCAACCAAUUGACUGAUUUGACGACUGAGCUGGUCGAAACAUCGAAAUCCAUGGCAUCCGGGACAACAGAGUCUCCACGAAUUCUUGAUAUGAUGGAACUUACUGCAUUAUUCGGGGUACCUAAUAUUUCGACCUUCAUCUCAGCUUUCUUCCAAACCCUCCAUUGGCAUCUACCGAUCGUCCAUUUCCCAACAUUCGAUCCUGGCAAUGUUUCAAAUCCGCUUCUUCUUGCAAUCUUUCUCGCGGGCGCAUCGUAUGCAACCCCGCUGGAUGGCAUAUCCCUCUCGCCAUUGAUCUUCGAUGUGGCAGAAGAGUACAUAUUUCGCAAAAUCCUGAAUCUGACGACUACCCAAUCAUCUAAGGAUCCUAGAUAUAUCCUACCCACUGUUCAAUUGAUUCAAGGUGCUCUUAUCAUGGAAAUGCUCCAGUUUGGUCGAGAUGAUAUGGCAACCAGACGGCGUAUUCGCAUUAUGCGACAUCCAUGCUUGGUGUCGACUAUUCGGUCAUUGGGUAUAUUCCAGCUCAAGCGAGGAACAGCCCCGAAGGCACAUGACGAUCGAACGUGGAAUAUUCUAGUCGCAGAAGAAGUUUGCAUACGAAUUGCCUGCUGGGUCUUCUUGGCGGAUGGAUUUCUUACUGUUUGUUUCAAAAAUCAUCCAGCAUUAUCGAUUUUUGAAAUGGACUGUCAUUUGCCAUGGCCUGCCGAACUGUGGGAGGCUGAAGAUGCAGCGACUUUUGCUAAAAUUGCCGCGACGCAAUCAAAUGAACACACAAUACCUCCUCUUAAAGAUGUUGUAACCCAGUUACUUGAGGCUUCUGAAACAGAGCCACUGAUUCCAUGGAGUCAGUCCUUAUCUCCGGAGGACCUUUUGAUUUUAAUAUACGCAUUGAGCUCCCUGGCCUUCCAAACUCGGACUGGUCUUCUCAAAUUCCUCCCCUUUGACACAAUCUUCAGGGGAGCGAAAAAUUGGAAGCGAAUCUGGGAUUCAGUGAUAGAUUCCCUAGACCAAAAACAAUUCCUACAUCUCGGAUACCCUAAACAUGCCGAGGAGCUAUGGUGGCUGCUAACUGCUACAUUGGACAUCGCCAACAAUCCUGAACAGGGGUUUGCCUAUCUCAAUAACACAGCAACCGAUGAAUUGGGUAAUCUUAACGACUUUAUACAAUGGUGUCAUCAAAGCACAACGUGA